CCCCCGCCGGCGGCGGAGCGCGGUCGUUCGAGGCCCGUGCCGGCUGCAUGGGGCGGCGGCGGCGCCGGGGGGACCUGGCGGACGCGGCUGGGGCUCUGCCUGAGGCCAUCGCCGCGCUGAGCCGCACGCUGCCCGCCGGGCCCAGCCCCGAGAUCUUCCGCCGCGCCAAGUUCGACCGUCCGGAAGCGGCGCCCGCACUCUGGCGGCUGCUCUUCCGCGUGCUCUCGCUGCCGCGGGCUGACGGCGCACCGGCCCCGCGCGCCCUGGAGGCCCAGGCCCGCUGGGUGAAGGCGGCGCUGCUCGCCCAGGGCUACCCCCGGCUCGGGCUGGCGCGGCUCCCCGACGACGGCUCCCAGGGCAGCCGCGAGCUGCUCCUGGCCCUCUCCUGGCUCCUGGCCCGCGAGCCCCUGCUCGAGCGGCUGCUGGCCCAGACCCGCGUGCGGCUGGGCGACGAGAUGCCUGUGUUUGAGGUGAGACCUUUGCCCCCUCUCCAGUGUGGGGCCAUGGCCAGUCCUGGCCUGCCUGCCCCGCGGGUGGAAGCGGACGGCCCUGUGGACGCGCGCCACCUGCAGUGGCUGAUGGGAAAGCUGCGAUUUCGGUGGCGAAACCUGAUGGCCAGUCAGCAGGAGCAGUGCGCGCUCCUGGGCAAGAUCCACACGUUCACCCGUGGCUGCCACAGCGACCGCAGCCUUGGCCACCUGUCUGCUGCCGAGACGGAGCUGCUCAGGGACCCGGAGGGCGGCCGGCAGCUGCUGCGGAGGCUGGAGAGCGAGAACGCCCGCCUAGAGGCUGCGCUGGAGUGGCGGCGGCGGGAGCUGGUCUUCUGGCAGUGGAUGGACACGGUCCUGGGGGCCUGCCCCCCGGAGGCCUCGCAGCCCGCGAUUCCGCCCAGUCUCGGAGGGCGCGGGCGCAGGACCGAGGCGUGGGACCCGGUGGCGUGGGAGCUGCAGGCCCUGCAGGAGGAGCUCCAGGCCGCAGUGGGCGCCCGGCGGGCGGCCUGGGCGGCCAGGGUCGGAGGCCAGGGGCCGGAGUGGAGCGCGGCUCGGCAGGCCGCGCGGGAGGCCGUGUGCCGGGAGCUGACGGCCCUGCGGCGGGCCUGGGAGCGAGGCGGGGGCCGGGCCCAGCCCCACGGAGCCCCCCGGCUGGUGAGGACUGAGGCUGGGGGGCCGGGGGGCCCGGGCCUGCGGGCUGCUGAGGCGAUCGGGGCGCUGAGGAGCCGGGAGGCCUGCCUGGAGGCGACGCUGCACCGGCUCCAGGCGCAGUGCCGGCAGCAGCUGGCCAGGCUGGCGGGAGCCCUGCCCGGCCUCCUCUGGAUCCCGCCGCCCAGACGCUGAGGGCUCCUGUGGCUGGGCCUGGCCUUCGCGGGCAGAGUCCACGCGGGGUGCCCGUAGGGUCCCCUAGAAGCAGCACCCUGGGCUCCGGGCCCUGGCCCGUCCCUGCUUAGACAGAGCUCAGCCCCUCGGCCACCGGUAGUGGGAGCGGCAUGGGCACCCCCUCGGGUCAGGCACGUCCGGAGCGGUGGCCGUGGGCUUUGUGGGUCGAGCGAGGACUCAGAAGUGCGUGCGGAGACCUCCCUGCAGGGCCCAGCUAACGGCCGUCCCUCUGCCCCCCUCCAGGUCCCUGUCUGGGGACAGGAGUGGGAGGGACCCUGGGCAGCGGGGCCAGCGGAGCCGGGCGUUGGAGCGACCGGUGUGGCCUGGGGCCCGGGUGGUGCCAGGGCCGUGGGGGCGGGCAGUGCCCUGGGCGCCCCCCGGCUGUCCGCUGUCCCUCAUCCUGGGCCGGGCCUGCGCCUGGUGUCUGCGGGGGCGCGUGGGAGCCGGGGCGGGGCAGGGCCCGGGUGAGGGGAAGGCCACCCUGGACAGAGGGGGCUUUGUGCCCGAGGCUGCUGGGCGGAUGGGGCUGGGCCCUGACAAAGAGCCAUCUGUGUGCAGGGGACGUGCCCCCUCCCAGGAGACGCAGGCGCCUCGGCCCUGUCCCCUCAGCAGGCCCCCCACUUCCCACGGCAGAGGAAUCCCAAAUCCCCACCUGCUGCUGGGCAGGUGCCGGGCCGGGGGUGGGCCACCUCCUGCUGCAGCCACUGGCCAGCUCAGGGCCAAGGCCACUCCUAGCCCCUGGGUCUCUGGGCGCCCCCCCCCCCCCCGGCCAGUCUCUCAUCAGCUUCUCCUGCCUGCUGGGGGUGGGGAGUGGGGGUGGGGUGGGGGUGAUGCUGCCCGGACCAGGGGUGGCCAGCAGGGCCUUUCAGGAGCCCCCCCCCCUGGUCUUGUCCUUUGGGGGCUGGACCCCAGGGAGCGCCUGGGCCUGUGCCCACCCUCCUGGCCUGGAUCCCUCCCUCUGAUCCCUCAGCACCCCCCCCCC